ACUAGAUGGACCUUUGUUGGCAAAGUAAUGUCUCUGCUUUUGAAUAUGCUAUCUAGGUUGGACAUAACUUUCCUUCCAAGGAGUAAGCUAAUUACCAAAAACUAAAGAAGGAAACCAUUUUGUCACCACCAGAGAGAAGACAAAAACUGUAAAAAGAUAAUUUAUUUCAAAUAUGAAGCUUUAAAAAAGCAAGAUUUUAAAGUAAAGUGAGAGUGACAGGAAAGGUGUAAUGCUUUUUCAAUGCUAUUUUCAAGGAGAGGUGGCCAGGGACGCCAGUGCCUGCUGCUCUCACUUCUGCUCCUUACAGCCUGAGGGACUGGCAGUGGCCAGACGUUCUUGGUCCCUGAGGAAGCCAAACACAGCACCUUCGUGGGUAGCAUCACCCAGGACCUGGAGCUGGAGCUGGCGGAGCUGGUGCUGUGCCUGUUCUGGGUUGUAGGGAACUGGUUCCACAAGGAACUUAUGAAGAUGAAUUUGCAGAAUGGCAUUUUGUUUGUGAAUAUCUAGAUCCAUUGGGAGAAGCUGUGUGGACAGAGGGCCAAAUGUAGUAUCCACCUAGAGGUAAUUGUGGACAGGCCACCUCAGGUUUUCCAUGUGGAUGUGGAGGUGCGCUUUAAUAAAAAUCCUCUGGUCUUUGGAGCAAGAGAAACAGGUUAAUUUAUUUCUGAAUCUAGAUUGCUAGAUAUGCGUUCCGGUACCAAUGCUAUUCUAACCCUCAGCUCCAGGGUUUAUUUCUCUUUGGGUGUACAGGCACGUGGUUAACUAAGUCACUUUAACCUGAAUUGAAGUCUGGAUGAGAAGAAACACCAGAACUUCGUUUAUGAUUGACAGGCACUGGGAUGGGAGCAAACCAGAACUAGAAGGUACAGUUCAGCUGCUGAUCAGAGUGCUUGACGCUCCAUUGUUUGCCCAGGCCGUGUACACAGUGUACUUUUAGAGACUAUAGCAAAUGGAACAUUAGUGAUCACAUUAAACACCUGUGAUGCUUGAUGAAGGUGUAAAUGGUGAAACUGCCUUUUCCUUUGGCAAUGAUAUCCCUCUUGACUUAAAAAGAAACAAAAAGCUUCAAAAAUGAUUCCAGCUCAGGGGAAAUUAGGCUAUUUGGUAGACUGAAUAUGAAGAAAUGAAACCUUAUGAAAUUCAGG